CUGGAGAAUGCCAAACUGUCGUCUGACCAAAAUGACAAAGCUGCUGGUGCAGCUCGAGAAGAGUUGAAGGAGGCUCGCAUGAGAAUAGAAGCUCUCAGCUACCAGCUUUCUGCCCUUCAGAAGCAGGCUAGUGCAGCAGAAGAUCGCAUUCGUGAAUUGGAGGAAAUGAUGGCUGGUGAGCGGGAAAAGUUUAGGAAGAUGCUAGAUGCAAAGGAGAGGGAAAUGACAGAAAUGAGGGACCAGAUGCAGCAGCAGCUUACAGAGUACCAGGAGCUGCUUGAUGUUAAAUUGGCACUGGACAUGGAGAUCAGUGCCUACCGAAAACUCCUGGAAGGAGAGGAGGAAAGGUUGAAGCUCUCUCCAAGUCCCUCGUCCCGUGUUACAGUCUCUCGGGCUACCUCCAGCAGCAGCAGUAGCAGUACUUCACUUGUUCGCUCUUCUCGAGGCAAGAGAAAACGCAUUGAAGCAGAAGAACUUUCAGGCAGUGGAACAAGUGGCAUUGGCACUGGAAGUAUUAGCGGCAGCAGUAGUAGCAGUAGCUUCCAGAUGUCCCAGCAAGCUUCAGCUACAGGAAGUAUCAGCAUAGAAGAGAUAGACCUGGAGGGCAAAUAUGUUCAACUGAAGAACAAUUCGGAGAAGGAUCAGUCUUUGGGUAACUGGAGACUGAAAAGACAAAUUGGAGAUGGAGAAGAAAUUGCUUACAAAUUUACUCCUAAGUAUGUCCUCAGAGCUGGGCAGACUGUAACAAUUUGGGGUGCAGAUGCAGGUGUAUCUCAUAGCCCCCCUUCUGUUCUCGUGUGGAAGAAUCAAGGCAGCUGGGGCACUGGAGGAAAUAUCCGUACAUACCUCGUAAACUCUGAAGGAGAGGAAGUUGCAGUGAGAAGUGUUACUAAAUCAGUAGUCCUGCAAGAGAAUGAAGAGGAAGAGGAUGAAGCAGAGUUUGGAGAGGAAGACCUUUUCAACCAACAGGGGGAUCCCAGAACAACCUCUAGAGGAUGCUCAGUGAUGUGAAGAAAGAAAAAAGAAACUAUUAUUUGCUUUUUUUUUUCAUUUAUUUCCUUUUAUUUUUGCUAUGUUUUUCCCUCCAGAGCCACUGAAAACUAUUUUUAUAUACAUCAUCUGAUUUCUUUGAAGUUUACUCCUUGGUACAUUUUUAUAAAAAAAAAAAAAAAACCUUUACUGAACAAAACUGCCAGAAUUUUUAAUAGAUUUCUUUAUUUUUCCCUCUUUGUUGAAACACUAUAUUGGAAUACAGUAUUUUUCCCCGUAUAGAGUUUAAAGUCUUAUGUACAAACCUGCAGCAGAAAAGAAGCUUUUAGCUAAAAUGAGAUGAGACUCCUUGAGUGCAUGGUAAAUCUAUGAUGGCAUGUAUAACCAGGGUAACACACACACA